AUGCACAACGUGAUGCUGAAUCUUGGCUACCACCAAUACGUCACGCAGGGAGGGGACUGGGGAUUCAAGGUCACUCGCGCCAUUGGCUAUCGGUACCCCAAGCAUUGUCUCGCAUCACACAUCAAUCUCGUCCUAGCCAGGACCCCCAAAUUGCUCAAGACACCCGUGCAAUGGCUGAAACACGCCCUGCUCCCGUACAGCAAGGACGAGAAGGAAGGUAUCGCGCGCACGGCGUGGUUUGACAAGGAGGGCUUCGGCUAUAACCUGCUCCAGUCCACCAAGCCUUCUACCAUAGGAUUUGCUCUUGCUGACUCCCCAGUGGCUCUGCUCGCCUGGAUCUACGAAAAGCUGCAUGACUGGACAGACAGCUAUCCCUGGACGGACGACGAGAUUCUAACCUGGAUCUCCGUUUACCAAUUCUCCCGCGCAGGCCCCGCUGCAAGCUCCAGGAUCUAUUAUGAGAUUCAGCACCCUGUCAAGAUAGAGCAGUCUGACCAGAUUGUUUCCGGCUAUAUUCCAGAUGUGAAGCUCGGGUUGUCGUACUUUCCACGAGAUAUUCACGUCCCGCCUCGGACGUGGGGACAUACCUUGGGCCCGGUGGUGUACGAGGCGUCGCACGCAGACGGCGGACACUUUGCCGCGCACGAACGGCCAGAGCUCCUGGCGGCCGAUUUGAAAAAGAUGUUUGCAAAAAAUGGAGCUGCAAGCUCGGUGGUGAAUACAUUGGCGUCUGAGUAG